CCGGCCCCCUCCCCGCCGCCGGCCUCGGGCCGCCCCUGCGCGCCCCCUCCAGAUCCGGCCCGCGGCUCCCCUCCCGGCCCCCCCAGCCCCACGCUCAAGUCCACAAGUCCGCCCGCUUCCUGCGCCCGCCGCGGCCCUUCCCGGGGCGCCGCCGCUGCCGCCGCCUGGCCGAAAAGACAAGCGAAACCGGCCGCAGACGAAGGCUUUUGGGAUUGUAGCGUCUGCACCUUCAGAAACAGCGCUGAAGCUUUUAAAUGCAGCAUCUGCGAUGUGAGGAAAGGCACCUCCACCAGAAAACCUCGGAUCAAUUCUCAGCUGGUGGCACAGCAAGUGGCACAACAGUACGCCACUCCCCCACCCCCGAAAAAGGAGAAGAAAGAAAAAGUGGAAAAGCAAGACAAAGAGAAGCCUGAGAAAGAUAAGGAAAUUAGUCCUAGUGUCACCAAGAAAAAUACCAACAAGAAAACAAAACCAAAGUCUGAUAUUCUGAAAGAUCCUCCUAGCGAAGCGAACAGUAUACAGUCUGCGAAUGCCACCACAAAGACCAGCGAAACGAAUCACACCUCAAGGCCCCGGCUGAAAAACGUGGACAGGAGCACCGCACAGCAGUUGGCAGUAACUGUGGGCAACGUCACUGUCAUUAUCACAGACUUUAAGGAAAAGACUCGCUCCUCCUCAACAUCCUCAUCCACAGUGACCUCCAGUGCAGGGUCAGAACAGCAGAACCAGAGCAGCUCGGGGUCAGAGAGCACAGACAAGGGCUCCUCCCGUUCCUCCACGCCAAAGGGCGACAUGUCAGCAGUAAAUGAUGAAUCUUUCUGAAAUUGCACAUGGAAUUGUGAAAACUAUGAAUCAGGGUAUGAAAUUCAAAUCCUCCACCUGCCCAUGCUGCUUGCACCCCUGGAGAAUCUUCUGUGGACAUCGACCUCUUAGUGAUGCUGCCAGGAUGAUUUCUGCUUGCCAUGGGCAUCUGGCCACCAAGGAAUUUCGCACCCUGACGAUUACUCUUGACACUUUUAUGUAUUCCAUUGUUUUAUAUGAUUUUCCUAACAAUCAUUUAUAAUUGGAUGUGCUCCUGAAUCUACUUUUUAUAAAAAAAAAAAAAAAAAAAAUCUGCUGUGCACAAUUUUCCAUGUACAUUGCAACUUGUUUUUUGGUUUUUUUGGGGGGGGAGAGUUGGGAGGGGGAGGGAAUUUUUAUUUAUUGUGUUCACAAACUCCAUCCUUUCAGCAUAUCCUUUUAAGUUUAGUUCUUUCUUCCAGUUAUACUAUGUACUAUCAAUUUUGAUAUAACUAUAUAUAUAUAAAUAUAAAAUUAUAUAUAAAGGGUUAUUUGAAACCAAUCCAUGGCAACGCUGGUGCUUGAUACACUGUGAAGUGAAUACAACAUUGAACAGUUACAGAUCUGGAACAGUCCCUUCUAUGAAAGUGCUGAAAUUGAUUAAAAUCAGUCUUACAUGAAGUAUGUUCCAGCUCUCAUGGGAACUUGACUCUCUCAUCUGUCUAAAGAAUACUGGAUGUUAUAAAAAUAUAUAUUUUUUAAACAAUGUGAUCUCAAGUUUAAAGACUGCUCCAGUAGCCUGCAUUUUGCAAUGGAAUAACUGACAAAUCACAGGUGGUUUAGUUGGGGAGGGCUUGGAUCAUUCAUAAGUAACAGCUCCAGAAUGCCAAGUAUUCGUGUAAAUUAUGGUUACAUGUUAUCAUUGCUGUUCUUACAUAAGCAUUCAUGAAAAUAUGGUAUUCUGUAACUCGAAUUCCAUCCAUUUUCCAGACCUCUACUCAUGUCUGAGGUAAAUCUAGAAAUUGUCUCUUAGUUUUAGGAUUGAAACAUUCUAAACUGUAUUUUUGGUCCAUACAGGAAGCAAUUCCUUGUUUCCACUUUCUUUCUAUGUGACAUUGCAGUGAUGGUUUUUGUAAAAAAUUUGUUUGCCUCAUGUCACCUUGUCUCAUAAACCCCUUACCUUAGCAGUUCAGUUGUGAGAAUUCUUUUUCUUUCUUAAAGCCUACGAUGACUUAUUUUACUGAACAAAGGUUAUCAGCCACACAUCCAAUCCCAACACGGAGCUUUUCACUGUUGGGAGACAUUUCUCAAUUCCCUGCUGUGGGAAGGAACUCAAGUGUGAAUGGCUUGAGCCCUAACAGGUAGAGUUGCAGGGAGAGCUCAUACUUAACUGCGAGCAGCACGUGAUCUUUUUCUUCCUUAACAUAUAGUUUGAGUAAAUUCUCUUAAAGUUUCUUUUCUUUUCUUUUUUUUUUUAAUACUGUCUCGCAAAAAAUCAAAGACCAUUAAUAAGAUUCUACCCAUUGUCAUUUUUAAGAAAGAUGGGUUUUCUUUUUCUGGUUUUGCUUUGAUUUUGUUUGGAUUUGGGGUCUGUUUUCUUUUUGACCUUUACCUUUAUAUCCACAGAGUUUAUAGUACUUUAAAGUCAUUUCAAGCAUGAGGACUUGAUGUUUACCUUCAUUUAUUUGACAUACCUUAGGGACUCAUGGGAGGGCAGCCAAUUUGUAACGAAGCACCAUGUUUUGGUGUUAAAAACCUGGUAUUCUUAAUUAUAGAAGUAAUUUCUGUCUGUGGAGGCAACGAGUAAAAAAAAAAAAAUUAACAGCUUGAAUUGAGUAGCCAACAGGAAAGGUUCCUUUCACAUUUACAUUAAAACUAUUCUGUAGUCACUAACGCGUCAUAAUUUAAAUUCUGUUUUCAAAGAUAUAGAUUAUAAAGCAGUGCCAUUUGUUGUUGUGGUCCUAUUCUCAAGUGCAUGGACAAUGUUCCCCUCUUUGUAAAAUAAUGCUUGUAUCUGGGAUGCAAGCUAUGCUUAUCUUUUUAAAUACAUUUUUAAAGUAUUUAUUAAUGAACCAAAGGAAAUCAGAUGCUUUCUAUAAGUAUCAAUAUAUAAUACAUAGUAAUUUGACUAUGAAUUUUAAACCCACAUUUUAAUAUUAGUGGGAUAUUGCAAAGACAUUCCUUCUAAAAACUAAAAGGUUUUAAUAUUCCUUAUUACUAAGGGUCUCAGGGAGGGUAAAUUAGUCAGCCAUAUUUAUUUUCCAGAGGUGUAAGAAAUUGCUAAGUUUUUAAAUUAACUUUUUAAAAAGAAAUUUAAAUGCCACCAAACUCAUGUGGGUUGCACUGCUCUUUGAACCAAUAAGUGUUGGUAUGCACUUUGUUCAGAAACACUGUGUACUUUUUCAAAAUUAGUUUCAUGUAAAGUGAUUGGAUCCCCUAGAUUAGUGGAAAAAGCUGAUUAACCAGCUACUCAUAGGCUGCUAAUUAAUUCAUUGCCAAUGUCUUGGUUUUUCAGUUUUGCCUCCGUGAUAAAUUAAAGAAUGGGGAGGGGUGAAGGAGGGGGAGGAUUGCUUUGGAACAGGUGGGAUUAAAUUGCUGUUUUGGUAGAAACUGCAGCUAACAGCAGGAGUUAUCUAAGAAUGAGAUUGUUAUAGGGUCAGCCCUUUAGCUGCUGUUGUAUAUUCUGUUGGGGUAGUGAGAUUGUGUGGUAGGUACUUUAGACUUUUAAUUUCUGAAGUUGAUGACAUCCCUCAGGCAUGUAUCUGGAAAUGGAAUUCCUGUAACUUCUGCAUUCACAGUUUGCCCUACAAUUAGUAGGCGAUGUGUAAAACACUAGUGUAGAUUAUAAAGAUAUAUAUUGAGAAGACCAGAAAUACUUGGUAUUCAGAGGCACAGAAAGCAGGUUAAAACAAAACAAACAAAAGCACAGUGUUAUGCUUGCAAGUUUCCAUUUGUUUUACACAAUCUUUCACACUUGUGCGUGUGCACGCACACACAGAGCUUACCUGACUUGCUCUGCUUGUCAUGCAGUUUAAAAAAAAAAAAAAGGUGAAGACAUCUUGACACCCACAAAAUAUUUUAAUCAAAACUUUUCGGUUUCAAUCUGGAUAUUUAAAAACAUUGGCAGAAGCUUCUGUGAGUUUAGUUCCACUAAGAUGUUUCUCCUGCCUUACCAAGACCAUUCUCAGUCUACUUUUUAAGCUACCGUAUCUUAAAUUAUUGAAAAUUUAUUAAUUGCUGAAUAUAUAAUAACCUUUGCUUGUAUGUACCCGAAAAAUGGUUUAAGAGCCAACAUUUAGAGUAUGACAAUGGAGCUGAACAGUUUUUAAUGCGCAAGCAGUUCUGUUCUUGUGUAUGACUUGUAACCUUAAUUUACUGUGUAAAGAUGGUUACAUUAUUUCCUUAGCUUUGUUUGUUGGAGACAAAUAGAGAAUGCUUGUUAAGUAUGUCAAAACAUAAUCUUAUCUUGUGAAUUUUUGUUAAUGUAUUAUACGAGCUAUAUUUUUCAUUUGCCCAGAAAGACAGCUUGUAUAACGCUUUUGGAAGUUUCUGCUCUGUAAUGUCUUUAGAGCUGACAGUCUGUUAGGUUUGUUUUUUCCUUCAUGCUAAAGUGUCAGUUGGUGGUUUUGUGAACUGGUCAGAAAUUCACAGGUCUUAAAUGUUUUGGGGAAAUUUAUAUUGGACACUGCUCUUUGUCUAGCAAAUAAAAGAUGUUAAUAUAUUCCUGUUACUGGCAUGUGCACGACUAUGUUAUUAGAAGCCACUUUAUCAUUUUCCUGCUUUAAAUAGAAAUGUCUAUUUAUGAAUCCUGCUUGUAGUUUUUUCACAAAUAAAAUAGUAAAAUUUACGUUGGAAA